AUGGGCAGGGCAUCGGUGGGGUUGGCAGUGGAAUUUCCCUGCUUGGAAGAAGAGGGCCGCCAGCAGCUCUUGCAAGUGCUGGGCCGCCUGGAAGACGAGGCCGAGAGAGAGCAGGAGGCCUUGCGGCUACGGAUCGACGCGGAGCGGUCGGAGGUGAAGGCCACCAUGACCUUCAGCCGCGCCUCGGCGAUAAAGUCGGUCGAGCAGCAGAUGGAGCUCUCCAAGGCCCGCGAAGCCGAAGGGGCUUGGCUGCGGGCUCAGCAAGAAUCGGCAGCUUCUGCGGCCAAGGCGCCGAGCCCGUCCGGCCUGUCGCUAACCCUACCGGAGCCGGAGCCGACGAGGGAAGACUUAGUGGGUGACGGUGGUCGUCUCCUCCGUGAGGAGAACAGGCGGCUGGCCCAAGAAAACGAACGGCUGGUCGAGGAGGCGUUUUUGCUCCGCUCAGAGGCCGAGGAGGCCAAGCGGCUGGCGGGAGAGCUGUCGGCGCUGCGCGCAAAGGAGGACGUGGGAAGCACGGCUGCAGAAGCGUGCUCUCUGCGCGGAGACAUGUCGGUGGCGGGGGCAAGUGGUGGCGGUGGGUGUACUAGUGAGCCAUGCGUUGGUGCUGCCAGAGCCGUAGCCGGCGGCGUCCCCGCGAGCCCAGCCGAGGGGCAACGGCCGGCCACGGAAGUCAGCGGGGUCAUGCUUCCGAGCGAGGUACGGGAUUCGGGAUCGAACGGUGUUGUGGGUGCUGCUGCUGUUGGGGCGGUGCAAGAACCUCCUGCCUCCGCGAACUGUGGGCUGGCGGCGGCGAGUGCCGGGCGUCUGGGGUUGAUGUCGAUCGAGCCAGGGCCGUCGCCGGCGUGGCCGAGGCGAUCGAGCGCGACGGGCGGCAGCGCCCUCUCCGACAACAUCGUGAGCGUCAGCAACAGCAGCAGCAACAACAGCAGAGGAGAAAGGGACAGCCGAAGCGAGGGGGGCGAGAGGCAGUGGGAGGAGGAGGAGGAGGAGGAUGACGAGGAGGAGAAAGAAAGUAGAAGGAAGGGCGAGCUCCAACGCGCGAUCGAAGAGGAGGCCGAGCGAGUGUAUCUGGAGCUUCGCGCGAACCCUCCGCCGGCGAUAAGGGCGCUGCUUGAGGCGAGGGGCGAGAUGGACAAGCUUGUGGCUGAGGCAAGGUCGACGCUGGAGGGCCUGAAGCCGCCGCCGCGGCCGCCGGCGGCGGAGCAAGUGAAGCCCCCCGUGCGUUUGCCUGAGACACAGCGGUCCAGGUCGGCUACACCGCCUCUCGUUGAUGCCGCCGUGAACGCCCGAUAG